AUGGCAACAAAUGGUUUGCAAGUGAUGGAUGAUGAAGAAAGUCUUUGUGGGAAGAGAGUCCAACCAUUUUUAUCAGCCACACCAAGGAAACCUGAUGAUGGAAAGAAGGAAGAUUCUGUAAUUACCUUGGGAGAGAGACUGGGUUUAAAGGAUCUUUAUUCCAUGAAUGUUUGGCGGGCAUCCAUAGGAGAGUUACUUGGGACAGCAGUUCUGGUGUUCAUGAUAGACACCAUAGUCAUUUCAUCCUUCGAGACAGAAUCCAAAACACCAACCCUUUUAAUGUCCAUCCUCAUUGCCAUCACCGUCACGAUCCUUCUUCUAGCAGUUUGCCCUAUUUCAGGAGGACACAUGAAUCCAGUCAUAUCAUUCUCAGCCGCUCUUGUUGGACUCAUUUCCCUCUCGCGAGCCUUUAUCUACAUACUUGCACAAUGCGUAGGUGCUCUACUGGGAGCACUCGCACUUCAAGCUGUCGUCUCCAAAACUAUCACACAAACUACUUCACUUGGAGGCUGCACUCUAACCAUCAUCGCACCAGGCCCAAACGGGCCAGUUGUUAUGGGCAUUGAGACAACCCAAGCCCUUUGGCUCGAGAUAAUCUGCACAUUCAUCUUUCUUUUUGCUUCUAUUUGGUUAGCAUAUGAUGAUCGUCAAGCAAAGUCUUUGGGGAUGAACCCAGCAAGGUGUUUGGGGCCAGCAAUCGCUAGAGGAGGUCAUUUAUGGGAUGGGCACUGGGUGUUUUGGGUUGGGCCUACCAUCGCUUGCAUAGCGUUUUAUAUUUACACAAAGAUUAUUCCAAGUAAUCAUUUCCAUGCCGAUGGGUUCAAACAUGAUUUCUUUAAUGUUCUAAGAGCAUUGGUUUGA